AUGGCGCCGCCAUCUCCAUCAUCAAGAGCCUCUUCCCUACCUGUCGAAGCCGCUGCCGAGAUCCUCGAACAACCGCAGCCUAUGGUGAUCAUCGUUGAGUCGCCGAGGAGGGAAUCGCCGCGGAUAAGACCGUUGAUGCCCCUGAGGAAGGAGAAGAUGCGCGGCGGCGGGAUCCCCUCUCCACCGAAGAAGAAAACACCGCGGGGGAAUCAUGCGCCUCCAGAGAAGAAGGGCGGCGACUUCUCUCACUUUUGUGAAGCCACGGCUGGCGAUACGACGAGGCGAGAGGCGGUGGGCGGCAAAGCGAGUCUGCCUUCCUGCAGCGUGAACAUCCCGUUGCCGGAGACCGAGACGAUGAGCACAGGGACGAACUUAACUCCCUGCCGCUUGACGAUUCCGUCGCCGGAGAAGGAAUGGAAGAAGAAGAAGAAGAAGCCGGGCAACGGCGUCUUCUGUCUCUGGAAUCCUAUGACCUCGGUUCUGGUUAAAGAGAAGCCGAAGGCGAGGUCGGCAACAAGCUUGCCUCCUCGCUGCGGGGAUGGCUCUAUCGCUGAAAAACAAGUUACAGGAGGAGGCAGAUAA